CGCUUGCGCUACACUUCGCUCCACUUGUUAUCCCUGUUGUCCAAGGAUGGAGCUAGGUUAGCUUAGCUAAUUUAAACUCUCCUGAGUGGGUCAGUGUGUCGUUCGCGGUUUGCAUCAUGAAGCAGGAUACGGACUGAACUGCUGCGUUUAAAACUGUAAAUCUCAUUUUAUUCACCGGAACCGUGCGCACAACCAGCGGAAUUAUAUAAAAGUGAUUCCUUUGAGAAUUAAACAGUUACAAAAGAUGAAGUAUGUGUAACUCAACCCUGGGACAUUGCUGCGUGUCACCCGACGAAGACUUCGUGCUCACCGGCUUGUCCAGAAGUUGAACUCCAAGCAGUACCAUGGAUAAUGAGGGAUAUAAAAAUGAUCCACAUUAUACAGAAGCAGAGAGCCUUUGGCAUGUGACACAGAAAUCAGGAGAUCUGGAUCCAAGGAGCAGGGAUGUUGAGGGCUGGAAGCUGGUGGAUGUAUUUCUUUCAGGAGGAGCACCAUGGGGAUUUACACUCAGAGGGGGACUGGAGUAUCGAGAACCUCUGCUCAUAACUAAGGUUGAGGAGGGCAGCAAGGCAGCAGCUGUGAGUCUCCAGGUGGGAGACGAGCUCGUCAACAUCAACGAGAUUCCCCUGAGUGGCUACAGACAGGAGGCAAUCUGCCUAGUGAAAGGCUCCCACAAGACCCUCAGCCUGGUGGUGAAAAGGCGGAAUGAACCCAUAAGCAGGCCUCACUCCUGGCACUCCACCAAGUUCAACGAAAGCCAAUCGGAGACUGCCAAAACACAGUCUCCGCCCACGCCAGUCUGGCAAACCAGAUAUGAUGCAAGCUCAUCCUCAACUGAUCUCUCCUCCGGCUGGGAGCAGACAAACCUGCGCAGAGUGUCCGAUCAGUACAGCUCUCUCGGCAGUAUGGACAGUCUAGAACACGUCUCGCACUCCUACCCUGCCAGUCAGCUGUCACCUGCCAAGUCCAAUAACAGUAUGGAGCAUCUUGGAGGAGGGAAACGAGACUCAGCCUACAGCUCCUUCUCCACCAGCUCUGGCACACCAGACUAUACCCUCUCAAAGAGCAAUGCUGCCUCGACAGAGAACAUGCUCUAUAAAUUCAGUCAGGGGGAGACAGGAGGAAAGCACAACAAUGGCAGAAACAGCCAGAGCCUAAAUGAGGGAGUCAAACUGGACGAUAGGCUGGCGUACUUCCAGAUGCCAGGAGUUAGCACAGGCUGCGAGGGUCCACAGACUGAGGACUCAGCUGGAUCCCACUAUUCCACUUCAAGUAGAACAAGCUAUGGACCUGUUUGGCAUGUCCCUGAAAAAAAGAAGACCGCUUCCCCCUCUCCUCCCCCUCCACCUCCACCUGCACGCAGUGACAGUUUUGCUGCUACUAAGGUACAUGAAAGGGGGCUUGUUGCAGCUCACCCCGAAGGUCCUGAAUCACAUGUCCCCUGUAAGCCUUCCACAGAAAAUCACCAAAUCCACAACCUAUCCCCGAAAAGUGACGGUGACGUUUUUUACACUUCAUCUGAUAAAUCGAAUCACAACCAGUUCAGCUCAAACAAGCAGUACUCCCUGUCCAGCUGUGAUGUUCGGCAAGGUCAGCCCUACCAUCAAAGACAGUAUAGUGACAAAAGCACUUUUUAUUCUCAGCCCUAUACUACGCCCGUUCCAAAGCCACAGAACGUAGUUGGCUACUAUUGUAGCAUGCAGGAACUGCCUACGAAUGGUUCUGCACAACACUUUGGUCAGAGCCAUAGAAGGAACUUAAGCACCUCCCUGUCUACCGCAGCCACUGACCAAAACACAGAUAGCAGUGGACAUAACCGAUACUACUGUGUCACAACAUGUCAGCCCACGCAACCUAACCACCAGCCUUUGUCAGGGAAAUCAGAGGAUAGGAAGAGUGUCACAGGCGUAGACCUAUCACAGUCUGGAAAUGAGCAGAACUCUCUUAGCCCACUCACCAAACUGAAGUAUCAUCUGCCCCAACAGCAGCAACACUCCUCACACAGAAAAGACAGUAAUGGAUACAGCAAGCACCAAGUUCCUGCUGUACUAGAAACCUCUGUACCUAAAUCCAGCUCUGAUGAUAGGGGAAGCCAGAGAGGACACAACACACAAAGUGCAGAAGCUCAGUUCAUGAGUUAUCCUCCUAGUGGACAGUCUGAACAGCGGAGGUCUCUGCCACUACAACAUAGAGAUUUACCUCAAGACACCAGACACCACAACCAAGUGAGCAACAAGAUCUGCCCCCAGGCAACCCCCAUGCUUCACUCUCUGUCUAUGGAUGUUGCAGGCCAAGACGCAAGAGGCCCAAAUUCUGAGGAGUCCCUUGAAAGCAAGCAGGUGAAACGCAGUGACCGCUUUGCCACCACGUUAAGGAAUGAAAUCCAGAUGAGACGAGCCAAGCUGCAGAAAAGUAAGAGUGCAGCUACCCUUCCUGGUACCGAGGGUGAGACUGAAGAUGAUCAAGAUAUCUGGAAGUCUCCUGAAAACACUACCCCAACCUCUGCAGAUGGCUCUUUCACCAACAUCUACAAGGUUAAUCUGAAGGAAGCACAAGCAAGGGUGCUCAUGGCUACGUCUUUCAGGAGAAAAGACCUGGAGCCUGUCUUACUAGAGCACCCUGCGGCAGAGGCCCUACCUCACUACCCAUCCCCAGCAGUGGCCCAUAAAGAUAUAACCCCUCUGCCAAUUUUCUCAGAGUCUGUAAUGACUAAAUCAGGGCCUGCUGGGGGUCAAGUAACUCGCAUUGGUGGUCGAAAGCGUUUUCCUGCAGAAAAGAAGGUACGAUCUUUUUCAGAACCAGACAAAAUCCAUGAAGUUGGGGUGAAGGAAGAUCUCCCUCGCAUUGAGAAUGCAAGCUCCUCUCUAGACCAACAGAGGCUGUUUAAAGAAAGUAGAAAACCCGCUUUUCCCAAUCAAAUUCCCCCUCAGGACUAUCCCGAGAACCACACAGAGGCCAAGGCCGGAGCUCCUUCUACAACCGGUGAAACAGAGGACACAGUGAAAGGCAUCAGGAGCAGAGAAUACACUGAAGAGGUCCAGGGAGGUCCUUGCUCUGCACACAAGCUGUCUCUCCUGGACCAGCAAAUACUGGGUACCUUCCCUGAGUAUGAGGCAAGGUGGAAUGUACAGAAGAAAAACCCAGAAACAAGAGCCUCUGGACGGUAUCGGUCAGCUGAUAACAUCCUGGAUCCAGGACCAGAGGAGAGAACCAAAACCACUGGUUUCCAUGAGAGAUCCCGAUCGUCUCCUUCAGCUGACUUCUAUGGGCAGAAGAUUCAAGUUCCUGCAAGAAAGUCUGAGACAGAAUAUUCCCAGGCGGAGAGUAAACCUGCUGAACCGUUCAACACUGCCACAGGGUUCUCUGACAGAGGACCCGGUGACUGUAAAGUUAGAGAAAAGCCUGUGGAGUUUGAACACUACUCGGCGCCACCCCUUCCGCCCAUGAUAGGAACCAACCCUGAGUGCAGACACAGACCUGCCCCUGCCACGGUGAACCACAGACCCACAUCUAUCUCUCAUAGUCUCACAGAGUCUGCCCUCCCACAGCCUAAGGACCACAGCCACAGUGAACCACCCUCUGGGCCAAGGGGGACGACCUAUGCGCUGGAGAAGCCUCCCCCACUCAGAUGCCCAGAGGUCGACUCCCACGAAUCCUUCACGAGUUCCCAGAGUGAAAUCUUCACCCACUGCUCUCCUAACGCUGACCCUAACUCCGCCUUUGUCCCCACCCUAUCUGCAAAGGGAAAUUCUGAGCAGGGCAAAGGACUUGUGGACAAAGGACAAGGGGCAGAUCAUCACCUAUCAACAUCCAAUCCCCAGCCUGCCUCUUCUCCCCCAGCUUCCUCCCACAGAUCUUCAGGGCCGGCCACUAUGGAGCGGCAGCGCUCUCCAUCGCCACAGUUCUCCCCACAGAGACUCAGUGACAAACCACCGGUCUCCAUACAGGAUGAAGACUCAAAAAGGAUGGAGCAUGUGAUAGAAAACCAGAAUCCUGCAGUGAAGAAAGUGCCCAUCAGGAUUGUCCACUCAGAGGGAGUCACAGAGAAGGAGAAUUGUCCAUUUUUGCAGCACAGUGACUUCCCUGCUGUAGAGACAGAGGGUCCUGGUGCGACCAGGCUCGGCAUUCUGGGAGCUGGAGGGCAGGACUCGGUCUUCUGUGCCUUUAAUCGGCAGCGGGAGCCCGAAAGUACGCCAGCUGUACAGACGGACCCAAAGCCCCAGAGAGACGCGUACAUGAGUACUGUUCAAGAUCAGGUCAACUCUAACAGUCAGCAGCCACCACAGCCCACAGAUGUGACCACAGGACUGUCUAAGGAGGAUCAGAAGAGAGAGGAGCUGGCCAGGGACAUCAUGGGGAAGGAUAAAUCACUAGCUGACAUUCUGGACCAGAGCAAGAUGAAAACCACCAUGGACUUGAUGGAGGGCAUCUUCCCUCAGGGGGAGCAGCUGUUGGAAGGAGCUCACCAGCGCAGGAAGGUUCCCACAAAACAGACAGCCACCCGGCCUGCUGAGGAAAGGGAAAAGGAGGACAGUAUGGCUGCAGCUGUCACCAUGGUUACCAGCUCUACAUAUUACAGCACAUCUGCUCCCAAAGCCGAGCUCCUUAUUAAGAUGAAGGACAUGCAGGAGCAGGAGGAGGAGGAGGACUCAGAAGAUGAACUGGAUAUUGAUCUGGCCAACAAGAAGCAAGAGCUGAUUGACAGCCUUAGCAAGAAGCUCCAGGUGCUGCGGGAGGCCCGGGAGAGUCUUCAGGAAGAUGUCCUCGACAACAACGCUCUGGGAGAUGAGGUGGAGGCCCGAGUCCAACAGAUCUGCAAACCCAACGAGCUGGACAAGUUCAGGAUGUUUGUCGGGGACCUGGACAAGGUGGUGAGCCUGCUGCUGUCCCUGUCGGGCCGUCUGGCCAGAGUGGAGAACGCCCUCAACAGUCUGGAGGAGGAUGCUACUGCUGAGGAGAGGCGAACGUUGAUUGAGAAGAGGAAGCUGCUGAUUCGACAGCAUGAGGAUGCGAAGGAACUGAAGGAGAACCUGGACCGUCGGGAGCGUGUGGUUUACGACAUCCUGUCCAGCUACCUGCAGGAGGACAGCCUUACUGACUAUGAGCACUUUGUCAAGAUGAAGUCGGCGCUCAUCAUCGAGCAGCGCAAGCUUGAGGAUAAAAUCAAACUGGGCGAGGAGCAGCUCAAGUGUCUGAUGGACAGUCUGCCGAUAGAGCAGAGGCUGGCCCUGUGAAGAUGUUGAACACUGAGGAACUGAUGAUGAAGACUAAAAUCGCCCCAAGUUGCAGUUGAGCCCUGUGUCCAACAGAGGGACACAGAGACAAGGAAUCUGCAGAGAGAGUCUUUUGGGGUUUUUUUCACGUCUUUGGUGAAGCCUCAUCCAAGCAUGUCUUACCACUUCACAUCUUCUCAACCGGACUGCCGUAACACCACUUGGACUGACAGCAUCCAUAAGGAACUCCCUUGUGAAAGAUGCUGCUUUUCUUGGCAUUAACCACUGUAUCUAAUGUCUUUCAUGCCACGUUUGCUUUGUUUUUAUUUUUAUGUUUUUUAGUAAUUUAUUAUAGCCUUUUGAAUCUGCGCAGAAGGGGACAGUAUUUUAUCUUCAACUGAUUUGAGCAGCCACGCUACCUGAUGUGUGUUUCACACGCUGAGCAACUAGGAGUAUUUAUCAUGUUUCAUUUCACUUAAGUAAUUUAACAGUCAACACGUUUUCACAUAAUCCAGCAAAACUGGCCGAAUAUUUCACUAAAAGCAACCGUUUUUGUUAACGUUUAUACAUAAACUAGUGGCCUUUUACUGAGACUUUUGUGCUCUCUCUUUCCUCACUGAUGCUAGUGUAAAGUACCUGUGCAGAUACUGGUCAUUUUAAAGAGCACUUGUUCGACUUCACUAAACAAAAGAACUGUAGCACUUCAAAUCCAGACUUUAACUCAAGUGAAAUCCACAUUGAAGUGCCUGGGGAGUCACCCGUGUCACCGCCAAUACUGUCGGGUCUUUUAAUCCACUUCCACACGUUGCAUCUGUCAGUGCUGUUCUGUUUUAUUCACAGCCGGAAAAAAACCUGUUUAGAUUAUGAUAUUGCCACGUAUAAAAUGACCAAGUGUUUCUGUCUUUUGUCUUAUUCAUGGUGCAAAUGUUGAAUGCAUAGUUACCACAGUUGUUACUUGACUCACUGUUAAAUUUCAACUCUAAAAGUUGUUCAGGUUGAUUGUUUUGCAACCAAAUAUGGAACUAAAUCACUGCAAAGCAUUUUGACCAGUUUGAACUGAAUUUCAGACUGUAAGGAUUGACUCAGUCUCCCAAAGGGUGAACCCUGUUAGAGGAUGUUUGUUCUGCACAUUUGAGAAUAUUAGUUUCACACACUUCAUGCACUGCUACAUCCUGACUCUUAACACUUCAGAUGUGCUCCUUUAUAUUAAAUAAAGAGUCUGCUGGAAUCACGCA